AUGUAUCCAACGGCUACGCGGCACCCAGCGGCCGCGGUAAGGGGACCUCAGCCUCCAGCAGGACCUAUAAAGUUUACUAUAGCAGACACUUUGGAGCGCAUUAAGGAAGAGUUCAACUUUUUACAAACUCAAUAUCAUGCUUUGAAAUUGGAAUGUGAAAAACUAGCCAGUGAGAAGACAGAAAUGCAAAGGCAUUAUGUUAUGUAUUAUGAAAUGUCUUAUGGACUAAAUGUAGAGAUGCAUAAACAGACAGAAAUAGCAAAAAGACUAAGUGCUAUAAUAGGGCAGGUGCUCCCGUUUUUAGCUCAAGAGCAUCAGCAGCAAGUGGCGUCUGCUGUCGAGAGAGCUAAACAAGUUACAAUGUCAGAAUUGAAUGCUAUAAUUGGGCAACAACAACAGCAGGGUCUGCAGCAACUGCUUCAACAAAUUCACGCGAGUGCGGGGCUGUCACACGGAGUGGCGGGCGCGGGGGCAUUAUUAGGUGCCGGUGGACUAUUGUUCGCACCAGGAGCGGGGCCUCCUCCCCCGCCUCACUUGCCGCCGCCUGCACAUAAGGUGGAAUUGCCCCCACCUGCCGACAUAAAACCUCCAGUGUUGCCAGGCGGGCCGGCACCUCCUCCGUUAUUGUCAGGACAACCUUCUCGGGAUGAUGACAGGCAUGGAACAUCAAGAAGUUUACAACAGGACUAUUUCCCACAGAGGCGGUCAGUGUCCCCGCACGAACGAGAGCAGAAGUACCGUCCCCGUUCACCUGUUGAACCAGAGGCUCUAGACGUCAAACGCAGAAAGGAAGAGAAGGUACUCGGACAUGACAGCGACGCUGAAAAAAGUGAUCAAGAUCUUGUUGUUGAUGUGGCAAAUGAGGAGGAAAGAGGAUCACCUAGUGUACGGACUGAUGGAGGCGAACGGACAGAGAAUGGGCCUAGGCCUCCUUCGAGAUCAGGGUCUUCAUCCAGUCGGUCAACACCCAAGAGUUCUAAAGACGAGAAGCCAGGCACGCCGGGUAGCAAAAUGGGCCGCGCGUCCACCCCGACGAGCGGCCGCGGCGCUUACCCUUUCGGGCCGUACGGCAACUACCGCGGGCCCGCCCCUGCCUCCGCGCCCGCACCCAUGCACUACGACUCGCACCACCGGACCAACGGCAUCGCGCCCUCCAAACCAGCGUACUCGUACCACUCGUGCGGCGGCCCGCUGCAGCCGGUGGGGUUCCCGGCGGACGCGCUGGGCGGCGCGGGCGUGGCGCGGGGCGCGCGCGCGGUGGCCGCGCUGCCGCACGGAGAGGUGGUCUGCGCCGUGGCGCUGUCGCUCUCCGGGCCCAACCGCCACGCCUACACCGGCGGCAAGGGCUGCGUCAAGCUCUGGGACAUCUCCAACCCCGGCUCGCCCGCCGCGCUCGAACCGCUUUCACAAUUGGACUGUUUGCAACGCGAUAACUAUAUACGGUCGGUGAAGCUGCUCCCAGACGGUCGUACGCUUAUAGUAGGCGGCGAGGCGUCCAACCUGUCCAUCUGGGACCUGGCUUCGCCCACGCCGCGCAUGCGCGCCGAGCUCACCUCCUCUGCACCUGCUUGUUACGCGCUUGCAAUCUCACCCGACUCCAAGGUGUGCUUUAGUUGCUGUUCUGAUGGAAACAUAGCGGUAUGGGAUCUACAAAACCAAACAUUAGUUAGACAAUUCCAAGGCCACACGGACGGCGCAUCGUGUAUUGACAUAAGCGGCGACGGCACGCGGCUGUGGACGGGCGGGCUCGACAACACGGUGCGCUCCUGGGACCUGCGCGAGGGCCGCCAGCUGCACCAGCACGACUUCUCCAGCCAGAUCUUCUCGCUGGGAUACUGCCCCACCGGCUCGUGGUUAGCGGUGGGCAUGGAGAACUCCCACGUGGAGGUGCUGCACGCGGGCAAGCCGGACCGCUACCAGCUGCUGCUGCACGAGUCGUGCGUGCUGUCGCUGAAGUUCGCGGCGUGCGGCAAGUGGUUCGUGUCCACCGGCAAGGACAACCUGCUCAACGCCUGGCGCACGCCCUAUGGCGCGAGCAUAUUCCAGUCGAAGGAGUCAUCAUCGGUGCUCAGUUGUGAUAUAUCAUCGGACGAUAAGUUCAUAGUAACAGGGUCUGGCGACAAGAAGGCUACAGUGUAUGAAGUGUUAUACUGA